AUGCCGGCCAACACCCAGAAACCGGCUGCUCCCUCGCCGGCAUCGCCUAGAAACACUUCCAAGUACACAAACAAAGAUGGCUCCAAGUUCAUCACCGUCCCCAAGGGCUUCGCCGACUCGUCUUCCCAACCCGCCACGCCAACGCUGUCUGCGACAAACGAACAUCACUUUGCCGCGCAAAUGCAACCUGAUAAUUCCGCCGCCCCCGACUACGACGACGACGAUGCCUCGGCCACUGCACCGUCCGUUAAUCGCAAAAAGCAGAAGCGAAGGCAAAAGGCCGCUGCAAAGGCCGCCGAAAAGGGCCUCAACGGCCACGCCACCCCUGCGUCUGCGCCGCUGCACGGCCACAUCCACGCUCACGAGCAUGCUCAUGCUCAUCGACACGGCGCCUCCAUCCCUCCGCCACCUCCGCAAGACGCAGAGUCUAUUUCGACCGACGACGACGAAGACGACGAGUCCUACGCUCCGGCGGGCCACCAUGAGCAUAACGGCGGACCGUCCAACUCUUCCAGGUCCAAGAAGAGUCGCAAGAAGAAAGGGAAGAGUGUCGCCUCAGGAGCUGACGACGACCUAUCUCCAGCGCCGCCGCCGCCCACCGAAGCACUGCGCGGGCCUGGCAUGUCCAGAGACAAGAUAUGGAGCACCAGCAACCACGAGGAGCGCGAACGAAUCAAGGAAUUUUGGCUUGGCCUCGGUGAGGAGGAGCGCAAAUCUCUCGUCAAGGUGGAAAAGGAUGCCGUGCUGCGCAAGAUGAAGGAGCAACAGAAGCAUACCUGCAGCUGCACCGUGUGCGGCCGCAAACGCAACGCCAUCGAAGAGGAGCUAGAGGGUCUAUACGACGCGUAUUAUCUCGAGCUCGAGCAGUUUGCCAACCAAGGCGAGGGUCCUCCCAUGCUGCCGUCACCGCGCGACUUCCCCAUACGGCCAACACGCGGGCUGCCCGCGAGCUACGCCGCGCAUCCACCGUCGCGAGGGCGAAUAGUGGAACCCGUUGGCGACGAGGAGGAAGAGGAAGAGGAGAUUGAAGAAGUGUACAGUGAAGACGAAGUGGAUGACGACGAAUAUAGUGACGACGAACCUCCCGAAGCCUUUCACAGUACGCACGUUGCAGAUCGCGACGUCGCCGACUUCCUCACAUUCGGCAACAGUCUUCAAGUCAAGGGCGGCAUCCUCACUGUGGCGGAUGACCUACUGAAAAACGACGGCAAGCGCUUCAUCGAGAUGAUGGAGCAGCUUGCCGAACGUCGCAUGGCGCGCGAGGAGGAUGCUCGAGAGCAUUUUACUCGCGGUUUUGGUCAUCCCAACGGCACAUACCCUGCUCCCCACAAUCAUCCGCCUCCCGAAGAGGAAGAGUACGAGGACGAGGAGGAAGAGGAAGAUGAUUACGAGGACAGCCAGGACGAGGAGUAUGAGGACGAAGAGGACCAAAUGACCGAGGCGCAGCGAAUGGAAGAAGGACGUCGCAUGUUUCAAAUAUUUGCCGCUCGCAUGUUUGAGCAGCGCGUCCUGUCUGCGUACAAGGAAAAGGUUGCCAAGGAACGUCAACAGAAGCUGCUCGAGGAACUUGAAGAGGAAACUCGCCAAGAACACGAGCAAAAGGCAAAGCGAGCCAAGAACGCGCAGAAGAAAAAGGACAAAGCAGCUCAACGAAAACAAGCUCUGGCUGAGGAAAAGGCGCGUAAGGAGGCGGAGAAGGCUGCCGAGGACGCUGCUCGCAUAGAAGCAGAGCAGAGGCGUGUUGCCCAGCAAAAGCAAAAGGCCGACGAGAAACGCCGCCUCAAGGAAGCCCAACGAAAGGCAGAAGAAGAAGCACGUCUCAGGAAAGAAGCAGAGCGACUGCGAAGGAUCCACGAGCAAAAAGAGAAGCAAGCCGAGCAGGAACGCAAAGCCCGCGAGGCCAAGGAGCGUGAGAAAAAGGCCAAGGAAGAGCAGCGCAUAAAGGACAAGGAGGCCCGGGAGCAAAAGGAACGCGAAGCCCAGGAGCGCAAGGAGAAGCAGGAACGCGACAAGAAGGACAAGGAAGCCAGGGCAGCCAAGGCACACAAAGAGGUUCAAGAGGCAAACGAAGCCAAGGCGAGAGCAAAGGCUGCCUCCGUCGCGGCUGGACUGGUGCCUCCGCAGAUCCAGCUGGCCAAGCGCGGACAGCCACAGCAGCAGCCCGUGCCCGUACCGGCGACAGCCGUCUUGCCUCACCACCCGCCGAACCCGGCCAGCUUUGCGUCACCAAAGGUGCCCGUUGCGACGCCAGUGCUGCCCAAAUCUGUGGCCCCGACACCUGCACGACAACGAGCCCCGUCCCAGCAGCACGAUGCUGCCUUUUCGACGGCAUCCCCUAGCCUGUCUCCCCGAUCCAGUACAGCCGCCCACAUGAGCCCAGGAAGCAUUGGCCAGGAACGCAAGUCGAGCUUCGGCGCCAGUUCGGGCAUGCCGUACUCUGUCUCGCCACCAGGCAUGCCGCCAAGCUCGUCGAUGCUGUCUGCCGCUUUCCACGGCAAUCCAAUUGGCAUGCAACCACCGCCGGGACUACCUCACCAUGCACCGCCAGGUUUCCCCUCUCGUCUGCCCAACGACCCCGUGUUCCCAGGGUUUCGCUCCAGUCCUAGCGGUAUGAUGAUGACACCGCCCGGCAUCAACGGACCAGCUGCUCGCGUCAUGUCUCCGAGCGGACCGAUUGGGCCCCCAGGAUUCAUCCAGCCCAUCGGCGACCAGUUCCCCGUCGGCCCGGGAUACAACAGCAUGCCCAAGGACAUUCCUCCGCAAACGCACGGCCGCCAGGGCUCUGGGGCAUACGACGCCAUCGGCAGCGCCGCCAUGCCCAUUGGACGACCAGCCCCGAUAGGACGACCCGGAAGCACGUCCCGCGGACGUCUCAACGACGGCGACGACGAUACGAAGCACCUCGGCAGCAGUGUGCUUGUCGAAGACGACGAACCCCUCGGACCGGAUCUGAACCUCUCAGGCAGCCUUCGCACACAACCGCCGGGGCCUCGCCCAUCCGCCUUUGCCACAAGCCCGUUCAUGGACAGCGGCUUCCCCCGCGGCGGCCACAACCUGUGGGCACCGACGCCGACGUCCGCCAACGGCCAGCACUUUCCCCCUCCCGGCUUCGGCAAUCCUGGCUGGGGCGCUCCUCCGCCCGGUAUGUCGCCCGGCGGCUUCACCGUAGGCUCGCCCGGCGGCAGCGGUUUCCCGGGGAUGCGCAGCGUGUCGCAGGCGUCGCGGCACAUUGCCGUGCGCCAGAUGCUCUGCGCCGCGUGCAAGACGCUCGCGGGCAGCAGCGGCGACGGCAGCGCGUUUGUCGAUGUCGCGGCCCUCCAGAACCACGUCGAGCAGCAGUCCAACGACCCGACCAUUUCCGCCCAGGACCUGCUGAACCUGUGCGACACGGAAGGCAACGCCUCCAACGGCGGCGGCACGUUUGACGUGGUCAAGCGCGACAAUGCCACGCACGCCAUCCGCUGGGUGCCCGACGCCAUGGACGCUCUGAUGAGUGGCAGUAACGGUGUCGCGGGAGGCGGUCCGUUCCGUCAGGCCGUCGGAGCGCCCGGCGAGAUUGGCAGUCCCCUCAUGGGCUUCUCGGCCGCGUCGAUGCGGGGUCUCUAG